UUCACAUUAAUUAAAAUUUUCAACAGAAAUCAGUCUUCAGUGGAGUACUUUUCUCCCUUAUCUAAUCAAAGAUCUAAACCUGUAUUUCCCUUUUUCAUAUACGCAGAAGAUACUGUGUCCCUGUGGGUGCCACGAGACAGACAAAUUUGUUUCCAGCUUUAUUACAUUACACAAUACAUUACCACUAUAUAUUUUCCAUUUCUGAGAUCAAUGCAAUUGGAUAUGUAUAGAGUCUGUUAGUCUCUCACAAACUGAUAAAGAUAUAUUCAGAUUCAGUGAUUGAACACAAAGAUACAGAGAGAGAGAAAACCAUCAACCAUGGCUUCAAUGGAUAAAAAUAUUAGUAUUGAAAGCCAGACCAAGUUCAACAAGUAUGCAUGUGCCUGUGCUAUAGUCGCCUCAAUGAUUUCCAUUAUAUUUGGCUAUGACACUGGUGUGAUGAGUGGAGCAAUGAUAUUCAUAAAAGAAGAUCUGAAAAUCAACGACGUGCAAGUGGAAGUCCUUGCCGGUAUACUAAAUCUAUGCGCUUUAAUUGGAUCCCUUACAGCUGGAAGAACAUCCGAUUAUAUUGGCCGUAGAUAUACAAUUGUUCUAUCCUCCGUUAUUUUCUUGGUGGGAGCAAUUCUAAUGGGUUACGGUCCAAACUACGCCGUUUUAAUGGCCGGCAGAUGCAUUGCAGGAAUAGGUGUUGGGUUUGCGCUAAUGAUCGCACCGGUUUACUCGGCAGAGAUUUCAUCUCCUACAUCGCGAGGCACUCUAACUUCUCUACCGGAGCUUUGCAUCAGUUUCGGAAUCUUACUCGGUUAUGUAUCGAAUUUCGGUUUCGGAAAACUGACCUUGAAACUCGGGUGGAGAAUGAUGCUUGGGAUCGCAGCACUCCCUUCGAUCGCCUUGGCUUUGUGCAUUCUCAAAAUGCCCGAAUCCCCAAGGUGGUUAGUCAUGCAAGGCCGUCUAGAAGACGCCAAGAAUAUACUCCUCCAAGUAUCGAAUUCCAAAGAAGAAGCCUAUCUCCGUUUGAACGACAUCAAACUCGCCGCUGGAUUCGACGAAAAGUGCGACCAAAACGUCGUCGUUGAGCUUCCCUCGAAUAGUCGAGGCCAAGGUGUUUGGAAAGAACUUUUCCUCAGACCAAGGCCAGCCGUCCGAUGGAUAUUGAUCGCCGCGAUUGGGAUCCAUUUCUUUGAGCACGCGACGGGGAUCGAAGCUGUCGUUUUGUACAGCCCGAGGAUAUUUAAGAAAGCCGGGGUCACAAGCAAAGACAAGCUCUUGCUCGCCACUGUCGGAGUCGGACUAACCAAAACCAUAUUCAUUUUGACAGCGACAUUUUUACUAGACAGAGUUGGAAGACGACGACUACUGUUGACGAGCGUAACGGGUAUGAUAUUGGCUCUGUCUAUGCUUGGUUUUAGCUUAACAAUGGUGGAACAUUCUACGGAGAAGCUGAUGUGGGGAAUAAUACUCAGUAUUGCUUCGGUGUAUACUUAUGUAGCUUUCUUCUCCAUUGGUUUGGGACCGAUUACUUGGGUUUAUAGCUCUGAGAUUUUUCCACUGAAGUUGAGAGCACAAGGUGCAAGUGUUGGGGUAGCAGUGAACAGGGUUAUGAAUGCUACGGUUUCUAUGAGUUUCAUUUCUAUUUACAAGGCAAUCACCAUUGGUGGAGCUUUCUUUAUGUUUGCUGGUAUAUCUAUAUUGGCUUGGUUGUUUUUCUUUUUCUUUUUGCCUGAGACAAAAGGUGUUCCAUUGGAAGAUAUGGAAAUGCUUUUCAGCAAGAAGAAAAACGGGUCUAGAACUGCUGAAUUAGAAAUCCAGCAGAAAAUUAGUAGCGUGUAGAGAAUUAGUCUGUGACAAAAAAAUAAUAGGGAGUGAGAUCGUGAUCAGUUAGUAUUUCGAAGGUUUACUGAGUAUUAUUUUAUUUAUGCAACUUAUUAGAAGUUAAUCAGUAAGUAGAAGAAAUCAUUAGUGUUAAGUAAUCUGGAUGGUCGUUUUAUUAUAUAAUAACGUCUGUCAAUAUAUUUGUCUAUAUUACUGUACAAGGACUUGGCAACUGGCAAUGCUUUGUUUUGGCAUUGUAUGCAUGAAAUUAUAAAUAAUAUUAUUGUCGUUUUUUUCAA